AUGGGAGAGUUUAUCUGUCGGGUAAUUACAACAAUCCUUGUGUUAAUAGUGGCAAUUUCAGUAUCACCAGUUUAUUGGAAAAUAACCACAUCAUGUUCUGCAUCUGUGGUUUCUAGCUUCACACCAUGUUUGAGUUAUGUUACUGGUAGUGGUGGAAAUGGGGUUUUCCCAUCAUCUCAAUGUUGUUAUAAUCUUAAGGAGAUUGUAGGCACUAGUAUGGAUUGUGCUUGCCUUUUGAUCACAGGAAAUGUUCCAUUUUCUUCAUCACCUAUCAAUCGAACAUUAGCAAAAUCACUCCUGCUUGCUUGUAAUAUGUCCGGCGUCCCUUUUGUAUGCAAAGGUAAUACUGGAAUUCCUCUCACUGCUCCAAGUCCUUUCUCAUUUAAUUCACCUAGUACAGAAACAUCGACUGAGAAUAAGAAAAAACCUCCUCGUACACGCAGACCUCCUCUCACUCCGCCAACAACCCCUUCUCCUCCUCCUCCUCCUCCUCUUCCAGCUGUACCAGCAUUUGAUCAUUAUAAGCUUGUGUUAUCCUGGCCAAGGGUCGUGUGCAACGUCAAAGAAAACCCCUGUGAUGCCUCAUGGCCCACUGAAUUGCCCGGUGACAGGUUUACUAUUCACGGCCUUUGGCCUCAACCUGAAACUAGCCCACCAGCAACUAAGGCGGACUUCACUAAGAUACUUGUUGGAAAUGAGAAGUUAAAGACUGAUUUGCUAACAUACUGGCCAAAUGCUAAGUUUAAAUAUGAUCAUGGGAGUGGGCGUCGCGAGACCCAAAAGGAAAGACAAGCUAUCGAUUUCUGGACUUAUGACUGGAAUAAGCAUGGCGCCUUGUCGGGGAUGAGCCUAGUAGAUUAUUUUCAGACUACUAUAGACUUGUACAAGCGAGUGGGCAACCUAUAUUCCACACUCACGGAUAAUGGCAUGUCUCAUGGAGUCGACAUCAAAAUAGAUAUUACUAAGGUGGCAUAAAAAAUUGCUGCACGGCUUGGGAAAAAAGCCUACUUAGUAUGUAACUACGACCCUAGAGGUUUA